CAGGGGAAGAAGGCAGGCCCAUCCCAGCUGGCCGGCCGGCCAGCACAUCUGGAAGUGGUUUCAGGGGCCGCCAGCGCAACGCCUGGCUCCCCAGCUGCUUCGCCCAGGGGUGGAGACACUGGAGCUGCUGCAGAGUCACAGCAAGCGAAGGGAGGUGCGAGCCGGGGAGGAACACUGUCUUGGAAACAAACAUUGGCCUUGGACUCUCCGGCCCCUGGGGCUUUCCAAUGGGACCUUAGAAGCAGCAGCGGCGGCAGCAGAGGGCAGCAGCCCAGGGCCAGCCGCUAGUGGAACGCUCAGCCCUGCAGCUCUUCUGGACCCGGCAGCCCAAAGCCCUGCCCUCGCCAGUCACCAGGUCACAGUUUUUAUCCACAUGAACAUACAUGGCUUUGUUACGAAAAAUUAAUCAGGUGCUGCUGUUCUUUCUGAUUGUGACCCUCUGUGGGAUUCUGUAUAAGAAAGUUCACAAGGGGACUGUGCUCAAGAAGGAAGCAGAUGAUGACUCCGGGACUCCGGAGGAACUGGACGACGAGAUCCCCGUGGUGAUCUGUGCAGCAGCAGGGAGGAUGGGGGCUGCGAUGGCCGCCAUCAACAGCAUCUACAGCAAUACGGAUGCCAACAUCUUGUUCUAUGUAGUUGGGCUCCGGAACACUCUGUCUCGAAUACGAAAAUGGAUCGAACAUUCUAAAUUGAGAGAAAUAAACUUCAAAGUCGUGGAAUUCAACCCUAUGGUCCUCAAAGGGAAGAUCCGACCAGACUCGGCAAGGCCGGAGCUGCUCCAGCCUCUGAACUUCGUUCGGUUCUAUCUCCCUCUGCUGAUCCACCAACACGAGAAAGUCAUCUAUUUGGACGACGAUGUCAUUGUCCAAGGUGACAUCCAGGAGCUGUACGACACCACCCUGGCCCUGGGCCACGCCGCUGCCUUUUCAGAUGACUGCGAUUUGCCCUCGCUCCAGGACAGGCACAGGCUUGUGGGGCUGCAGAACACCUACAUGGGCUUCCUGGACUACAGGAAGCAGACCAUAAAAGACCUCGGCAUCAGCCCCAGCACCUGCUCCUUCAACCCGGGCGUGAUUGUCGCCAACAUGACGGAAUGGAAGCACCAGCGCAUUACCAAACAGCUGGAGAGGUGGAUGCAGAAAAAUGUGGAGGAAAAUCUCUACAGCAGUUCCAUGGGGGGAGAGGUGGCCACGUCCCCAAUGCUGAUUGUGUUCCAUGGCAAAUACUCCACCAUCAACCCGCUGUGGCACAUCCGGCACCUGGGCUGGAGUCCAGAUACCAGAUAUUCAGAGCAUUUUCUGCAAGAAGCCAAACUGCUCCACUGGAAUGGAAGACAUAAACCGUGGGACUUCCCCAGCGUUCACAACGACUUAUGGGACAGCUGGUUUGUUCCUGACCCUGCAGGGAUAUUUAAACUCAGAAACCAAAACAGCUGACACUUUAAAUAUUUCCUGUAUAGAAACGUGGAAUUGUCCAUUUGCAACCUACUAAAACAUCAUUCUUUAUGAACAGUACCUUUGAAAUAUAUGAUCCACAAUACGCAAAACAAAGACUGCUGUGUGCAAAUAAUACCUUGGAUCACAUAGGUAUUACUUCCUUAAGUAUGAGCAUUGAGGGUGGAAAUCAAAAUUAUGUGAGUGAAAUAUAUUGUUGGAAAGAAAGAAACCCCAUGUAGGUUUUAGCAAUAAAUUUGCUUAACUCAGUGACAAUUAUAUCGAAAACUUUUCAAAAUUUCUACAUGCAUUUUUCACAUGUAGGUAUAUAUUUUUUAACAGGUUGCCAGUCUUGUGUUUUGUAUUACACUUAAAACAUGAAUGUCUGAAAAAUAAAACAGUCAUAGAUUUUUUUAAUGA